AGGAUUGUUUAAGGCUAGUUUUAAAAACUGCCAUCCGGAGGAAAACUUUCAGUACCUCUGGAAAGCAAGAUGGCCCAAACUCUGCCUCUGCUGCUGUUGGCCAUGCUGAACUCUCUGAGCUGCCACAGUGAUGUGAGGGCCAGGGACCCUGACGUGGAGGAAGAGGAGGCUGUUGGGAAUGGAGGAAGAACACAGCAUAUUUCUGGCACCUUUGGGACCGCUCACCUACCCUUGCCACAUGAACAUCACGGCAUCCCGAAGCCUUCAGAGGGAAAACCUCAAAACUCAGCGUCAACCUCAAGAGAGACUGUACAUCCCUCUGCACAGAGAGGAAACUGGUGUGCAUAUGUAAAUCGCCGUAUGGUCACCACAGCCGAACUCUGCGCUACAGAGACUCAAACUGUGAAAUCUGUGAACCCCUGUUCUGAUGGAGCUCCUGACUGUCAAAUCAUCAUGUAUAGGCAGUCCUCACGACCUGUAUACAAGCAGAAGCAAAUAGCACUCUCUUCUACGCACUGGAUGUGUUGCCCAGGAUAUGGAGGACACAACUGCUUGGAAAAAGACAAACCUCCAGAGGAUGAGACGCAUGCUUUAAAGUCUGAGAUUAAUGACAAUGGCAGCUCAGGAGGUAAAAUGGGGACUGACCAAUCUGAAGAGGCAAAAUGGGCUGACAAACCCAUACAGGAAGCUCCUAUUCAUGGUUAUUCACCAAACCAGAGUACUGUUGGUGCCAGAGAAGGGAUCCCUACCUCUCAGCCUUUGCCAUUGCUUGAUUCAUCAAUUCUGCUGUCGAUGCAUCAGAUAAUGUCAACUAUGAUGAGUCAGCUUCAACCAGUGCUGGAAAGCUUCAAUCAAACACUGAAGCAUCUGUCCAGUGAGGUGGACGCAUUGUCUCAGGACAUGCAGCAGUUGCGGAUGGAACAGGAAGAACACAAGCCCAUGACCAGAGGCAAAGAUCAUAGCGGACCUAUCGAGAAAAGACUAGAGUACAGCCAUCUCCAGAUCAGUCAAAUGAAAACUCAAUUGGAUGCACAGAAAGACCAGUUUGAGAGGGCCUUUCAGGUCCAGCAAGAACUGCUGAAACACAACCUAACAAAACUGAAGGAAGAAAUGGAUGAUCAGAUCAGUCAAAGUCAGGAUACGCAGGUGAAUCUCCAGUCUCUAACUGGAUUGGUUGAGGAGGUGAGACUUGGCCAGAAGAAGCUGGAAGGGGCACUGCAGAGAGAACGUGCUGAGUUUGUCAAUCCGAGUGGAAGCCAGCCAACACAGGAGUCAGGAGUGUGGGAGGCCAUCACUCGACUAGACGAGAAGGCACAAAGUAACUCUGCAAAGCUCAGCAGCUUGUCUGAGACUUCGAAUGACUCUGAUGGAGCAGUCCGGGCUCUGCACAGAGACCUACUACACCUGGAACAGAGCCUAGAGGAGGUCAAACAACGAACUGAGGUCCACUUUGCAGAGACUGGUCUGGAGGUGGAGGCUACUCGUGUCAGGGUGCUCAACAGCAUUGGCGAGCUUACAGCUAACCUAAGUGCACACGAGGGUCAGUUGAGAGAAAUUGAGUUUGACCUGGUCAACAUCUAUCAACAACUACAAAAAAAUGAUUCAGUAGUUGCAGAGCAGGCCUGUAGCUGUAAGUUGAUUGGAAGUUCACUAGCUAGGUUGGAGCUGGAGAUGGCUAAUGUGACAAAGUUAGCCAAACAAAACCAAAUUGCACUUGAGGAGACACAUCUAGAAAGGAAUCAUUUCACCGAAAUGGAGGAUCUUCAUCAGGGCCUGCUGGACAUAAAGGAAUCAUUGGCCUUUGAGCAGGGCAGAAGCAGGAGUCUUCAAGACAGCAUGUCCCAGCUACAGGCUUCACUACUGGACAGCCAGCAGGAGAUUCGAGGCCUGAGACAGCAGGACAAGGACAAGUCGAAUGAAAUUCAAGGCCUAUCAGCCACCUUCUCAUCUCUCCUGAACGAUGCCAUACGCCACUCUGAAGUCCUGGAAGUGCUACUCGGAGAGGAGGUCCUGGAAUUCACACAUUGGUCACAUAACCAAAAGAAAGAGCUCAGUAUCCCAGAUCUUUUACAGAGAAUGGAUGUGAUGCAGCAAAAGAUUGAGACACAUGAUAGGAUUCUGGCCUCCGUUCGGAGAACGCAUCCUGACGGAGAUGAGAUGAAUAGCGAUGACCCAGUGGCAUACUUAGAGGGGACCGGUACAAAUAGCCAGGUGAGGGACCCUGAAAGUUACCAGUCCCCUUUACCAGACCCUUUGCCUGGAGAAGAGGACGUGGAUUAUUCAGUCAGUGACUUCUGGAGUCUGGGAAAAGAGGUGGAGCAAUUAGCAGGUAGAAUAACCAUGCUGGAAGAACGCUGUGGAAACUGCACUACGCCCCCUAGUGGUUCUGUAGUAGAACUGCAGGCAGACAUAGCAUCCUUACGUCAGAACCUGGAGGGUCAUUUGGGAAUGUUUCAAAAACUGUUCAGUAAUACAGAAGAACUGAUCAGCUCGACUAGAAGCCUGAAUCUGGAUGAAGUUUGGAGACUGGUGAGAAAAAAAGAAGGAAAGAGAAGAAGGGGGAGUCUAAAGCAAGAAGACCAGAUCAAAAAAGAAGAAAAGUCUUCCAGUGGGCGAAGCAAAAGAUACAGUGAGAGAGAACAUGCUUGGUUACCACAUUCCCCCGUGGUGUUCAUCACAACCCUGGACUACAGAAGAAGAUCAAAUGGGGAGCUCACAUCGAAAAACGUGGCUGUGAACUAUGGUGGUACUUUUAAUCCUACAUCAGGGGUGUUCAAGGCCCCUGAGACUGGAUUCUAUCUCUUUUUAGUGACCUUAGACUUUGAGAGAGGCCUUUCAUUGGCUGUAUUAAAGCACAGUGGAGUUCCAGUGGCCUCCCUCAGACAGGAACAAGGGGAGAAAAGGGGACCAGUGAGCCGAGCCUCCCUGCUGGAGCUUCGGCAAGGGGAGACAGUUACAUUAGAAUUGAUGCAUGGAUCAUUACGAAAAUCGCAGCUUGGGGACAACACACUGUCUGGACUAUUGCUCUUCAUUACAGAGCACAAGGACAUGCUGUGAAGAGAACUGGGUGAGUGACAAAGGCAUGGGAGAAUACGUCCGAGUCUGACGCACUGUGCGUCACUGCCAGACAUGCUGUAUUUUGUAUGCAUGCAGCCUCUUCUUGAAGGUGCAAAAAAUACUUGUUGAAAUAUUAUGUUUUGUAACAGAUUCUGGAAUAAUACUGAGAAACAUGGUAAGUUAAAGAAAUAAGGGGGAGCCAGUUAUUUAACAGAAUUAUUUAGAUACCACCAGCC